CCCACAACGUUUGCGUUGUCGAGUAGACAAAACGUUGUGGAAACGAUGUGUCAUAAAUAACGCUCACGCCUACUAUAACUAUUUACAAUUUAUUGUAGUUUGUGCAAUCAUUUGAGUUCUACAUUUAUAAGUUUUCAUUUAUUUGCAAUAUUAUCUAGACGAUGAGUGAAGAAAGAGUAAUUUUAUUAGAAAGAAAAUUGUAGAACGUUGUAUCUUGCGUGUAAUGUGGCAGAGCAAACUAAAAACAUAAGUUGAUAUGGCUCUCGUCAGUAAAAACAUUGUGACAUUAUUAUAUAUGAUUGUGAUACUAAUUAAUUCCUCUGAUAGUGAACGACUCCACAAACAAAUUUAUUCAUCCAUAGAAGGGGGAGCGGCAUGUUUCAGAAGGCUAAAUGGUACAAAACAAGCAGGAUGUUCAUCUUCCAACAAAGGCACUGUAGGUGUAGUGCAAAUGGUUCAUAACUUAGAAGAUGCACAGUGGAUAGCAUACAAUGGAACAGCUGGACCAUACAUGGCUGUUGUUAGCACAGCUAUAUUCCAUGAUGUUAUUGAAGUUCUGAUGUCGCACUCUGGGCAUGUGGCUGGCAUUUUACUCUUUGCUAAUGCAACAAUCAGGGCAAACGGCUUCACUCAAGAUUCACAAUGUCCAAAUGGAUACGCAUCUGGUCCCGGCAGCCAAUGUUUGUCUGGAAAUGGUGGCAUUGUUUGGAACGAAGCUGGCACAGAUCUCCUGAGGAGAGAUAUACCAUUUCCCAUAUUUUUCCUACCUGAAUCAAAAAUUGAUGAGAUAGAAAAAAUUGAAGACUGCUAUAAGAGGUAUAAUCUUGAAAGAAAACAAAAUGGCCAGCCAUUAUGUUCAUUGCAAAUGAAUUCUUUCAUGUAUGCAGCAGUAAAUUCUGUAGUUUGUUUAAGGAGAUCUGCCACAACAGCUCUUUUGACUCCGACGAAAGUUUGUGACCCUUUGGGUGAUAAUAAUGUGUACUAUUCUCUAUUUCCCAGAGGAAAGGAGACAAAUACAACAAAAAAGCCAGUUAUACUGACAACCGCUAGAAUUGAUACGGCCUCGUUGUUUGACGGCUUGUCUCCCGGUGCUGCCAGCUCCGUGGUCGGAAUGGUAACUCUUAUAACAGCGGCCGCCACACUUGCACAGACCAUAUCCGCGGCUAAUGCCCACCUUUAUAGACGCAACGUGCUUUGGGCUCUUUUCAACGGUGAGACAUUUGACUACAUCGGCUCACAGCGUGUUGCAUACGACAUAAGCCGCAAAGCGUGGCCUCCCAAUGCACCACUAUCUGAAACAGACAUACCACUUCAUUUAGAAAUAGGCCAGCUGGGCGGGUCGCUCUUGAAAAAUAAGGACACUGAUACGUGGCCCCUGUAUGCUUUUGUGCCUGAAAAUAGUGAAAUACGCGAGCUGUUCCUUCAACAAAUGUCUUCUAACAUCGAGGCAUACAAUAUGACUUUGCAGCCGAUCUUCUCGACGAAUUUGCCGCCGUCGUCCCUUCACUCGUUCAGAAGAAUAUUACAGAAUGCAACAACUAGUGGCAUGAUACGUGAAGUAUUAUUAACCGACCACAAUGAAAAGUUCACCAAUUUGUUCUACAACUCUGCGCUGGAUGAUUAUGAAAAGAUCGGUUUUGUAUAUCGGAACAUUAGCAUUGGAAACGAUGGAACAUUUGUUUCUACUGACGAAUUGGUGGCAAAUGGCAGCAUGAAAACGAGUGACAUCCAAGUAAAGAUAGCGAAUCUCGCGUCGGCAUUGGCCCGGACUUUAUACGAACAAGUUUCGGAAGCCCAGUACACUGGAAACGUCAGCGCGUCUGCGCAUUUGGUCGACGAGAUGCUGUACUGCUUUUUGAAGAGCCAAGCUUGCCGUUUGCUGUUGGCGGCGGAUUACGCUCAGAGCGGUAGUCGCGAGGACAACCUGCCGGAAAUACCAGCGCCGCUGUACGUGGGCGUGGCCGCGUGGAGUACUACCGCGCCGGUGUUCGCGGGACAUCUGCUGGCGCUGCUUACUGGCACCCAUCUCCAGCAGAACCGGACGCAAUGCGACGCGCUAUCUGAUCCAGACUACUCCUAUUACUGGCUGAGAGGUUGGAACAACAGUGGAGUUUGCAUACAAACUACAAUGAAUUUCAGUCAAGCCGUCAGCCCAGCAUUCAUGAUCCCAGAUUACGACUUCACGUCCGGUGAAUACUCAACAUGGACGGAGUCUGUAUGGCAAGCGAUGUGGGCGCGCGUGUUCGUUUCCGCGAGCGGAAACGGUGCUCAAUUUGCCGCUAUUUUGGGCGCAUUCACCACCGUCUUAGCUGCGUUCUUCACUUUCUGGCUUCAUAAGCAUUCGGCUGUGGUUUUCGAUAACGCGCCCACUGCUCUGGUCAACAACGAUGCCGCCUCUGGGAUCUUAAGGACUGUAAAUUGCUGAAGACUGCAAGUUGAAAUAGUAUUGAUGGAGCAGAAAAGGCUGUGUUGUAAUAAUUAUGUAAUAUUGACCAUUAAAAUCAUUCAAUUCAAUCAUAUUAAUCAGUUAUAAGUAUACUUACACCGCCGAGAUAACAUAGCAGUAGGGAUGGCGAUUUUUCCCGAAAAAGAUAGAUUUUUAAUUUUUAUAUCGAUCCGAUUCGUAAGCGGACAUAUCGAUUCAGAAAAAAGGUCGAUUAUAAUGUAAUUACAUAAAUCCAUUUCAUGCAAAACAAAAUUACAUAACAACUGAUCUUUUACCAGUAACAAUCAGUUUUUUUUGAGUUCAGGGAAUUCGAUAAUUACAAUUAUUUUAUUACUUUAUCAAAGUCAGGUAUGAAAGAAGAUAUUUAUUUUCAAAAUGUAUUUACAUGAAAUUGUCACCCCAGGCUAAAUUAAUCUAAACUUUAAAAUUAAAUAUCGAAUGAUGAUUUUCAAGGGUGAAACAUCAAUUCCCUAGAUCGAUUCAGUACUGCAUAUCGAUUUAAAAGUUCGACCUUUUGGGCUUGAAAGAUCGAUUCUUUGAUUAGUUGAUCUCAGAUCGUCAUCCCUACCUAGCAGUAAAUUUCUAUAGCACGGGCGUGUGCUGUCUUAUAUCUCGCUUAUUAAUCAACAAAUAAUAUAAAUAUUGUAUGAAAUCUAUCACCACUUUCAGUACAGAUAAUGUAAGCACCUAUAUAAUUUAGCAAGUCACUUAGCAAAAUGUAUUUCUUAGAAUGAGUACUAACUAAUAGGCUAGGUAGGAAACAUUUCACUCAUUGCUAUGUUUAAGUUUAUUUAUUUAAUUUGACGAUUAGAACUUACUAAUAAAAUACUUGUGAAGUUAUUACAACUUUAUUGACCUUUAAGUUUUUUACAACACAGAACUAAACAUAGUGUACGCCAAAGUCUUUCCCAAAGUUCGAAGAAACGUUGCACCCAUUUGUUUUACAUCUUUAUUAGAUAACAAAUGAAAAGAUGUCAUAUUGAAUAAGUUUUCAUUGAAUACAUCGUAUUUAUUUAAUACGUCUGCAGUGUAACAAGAUACCAUGUCGCUUGUGUUGAGUCUCAAAUUGUUUAACACUUCUGUUAGCUGAUGCAUGUUGCACCAGAAGUUCACAUAAAUUUCAUUUAAUUUUGGAUUUGUGAAAUCAUUUUUAAUUUUUUCAUGGGUGUCAUCAGUUAAUUUCUGCCAGCUACUUAUUUCUCUUUCAAUGAAAAAAGUGUUCUGUGAAGGGUAUCCUGGUAAUGAAUAUAAAGAGGAACUGUUACUACAACUACCGUCUUCUGUGCCAUUUUCACUGUGUACAUUAGCAACUUCAAUAUCGAUUUCGUGACUACUGCCAUUUCUUAAAAACGCGCUGCCCAGCGCAUCUAUAAAGACCUUGUUCAAAAUUAUUUGCUGGGUGAAUUCACAAAUUUGAUUGUCAUUAAAAACCAUAAAUAUUCCAUCUUGAAAUGAGAAGAAAAUGUCAAGCUUUGCGGUAGAAGAAUAUUUUGUAAUGAUAAUGAAAUAUAUAUUUCUCAUAACAUUAAGAGCAUUAAUUUUCCCGUUUUGUAUUAAACAUUUCAAUAUGUACCCUUGUGUUAAAUUACAGAAGUGCCAAUUAAGAAAACAAAAUGAAGGUAUUAUUUUUUUAUCUGAUAUAGGAUUGUUGAGUAAAUUAAUGUAAGCAUUAAUAAAAUCCAGAAAUACUAUAUUGUAAAUGUGAAGACAUCUAAAAUCCUGAUAUUCUAAUGAAAUAGCUUUAGGAAGAUUUUCUAAUUUUAUAGAUUGUCGCCUAUUGAUCGGUUUGUUUACUGUGUUGGUUUUUCUUAUGUCUUUAGUACUUGUGAGGGACUUUAUUUUGUUUAAAAAUUUAAAUUUAAAAAUGUUUGCGUUGAGAUCGUUCUGAACUACAAUAUCCCUUUGUGCUAAUUGGACUGGGCCUUGAGUAAGUGUUCCGCCUUGAAUUUGCUUGAACAAGAGCUGCAUACAAUGACAAAUAGCUGCUUUUAUAUAUGGUUGUAGUUCAUAGAUAUGUGAUUGAUUUCCUAUGCAGAUUCCAGAAGUUUUGAAACAAAGUUUUAUAUAUGGCAGUAGUCGGUGAAUAUCUGAAUCGUAGAUUAUUUCUGUCGACAUCCAAGAAUAUUUGCACGUUGAACUUUUAAUAGAGAAUAUGCAACGUAACACCACGGGUUCCGUUGGUUCAUCAACUGUUAAUAAAAUUUUAACGGUGGAUUGAGUUAUUUGACUUUCUGCCACAUUUUCUUUAGAUCCUAAGUUAUUAAGUACUCUUAUUUUUUCAUCAUUCGUCCCAAUAUCACUGUCAAAUUGCAUUAAAAAUGUUUGUCCAUAAUUUUUUGUCAAAUAUGCUUUCUUUUCAUAAAAUUUCUUAAUAAAAUCUCUUUUCAUUAAAUUAA